AUGCACUUUUGCUUAGACCAUCCAGUUGCGCCGCUGUGCCUGCAGGAUGUGGAUUCGCAGAGCAUUGGCAUCAUUCCUCGCGCGCUGCAGGAGUUGGUGGACUACGCCACCAAUACCGAUGGCCUUGUGCAGCUGCGUGCAUCAUACGUGGAGAUUUACAAUGAGAACGUCCUAGACCUGCUUGCUCCGUUGGGCGGGGCCAUCGUGGGAGACAUGCCAUCCUCUGCGGAGAUGCGCGAGCAGGCGAAGGAUCUGUUCCUGCCCACCGUCACCGAGACGCCUUUCGGGUCCGUGCGCGAGGCCAUGGAGGUGAUGCGCUUGGGCAACAAGAACCGGCACCAGGCUGAAACAAAGAUGAAUCGAAACUCCUCACGGAGCCACGCGGUCUUCAUUGUGACGGUGCUGAACCGAGUCGAUCAAUCGCGACAGAAGUUUGGUCAGCUCUAUCUCGUUGACCUUGCAGGCUCCGAGCGUGUCACGAAGACCGGCGUCGCAGGAACGCAGCUGUCGGAGGCCAAAAGCAUCAACAAGAGCCUGCUUGCACUGGGUCAAGUUAUCUUUGCCUUGGCGCACAAGCUGAAGCACGUUCCGUAUCGAGACUCGAAGCUUACGCACUUGUUGCGAAAUUGCCUGGGAGGAAAUGCGCGCACUGCAGUGCUCAUCACAGUCUCCCCACAUGCAGACAAUGCUGGGGAGACGCUCAGCUCCUUGCGUUUCGGGGCACGUGCCUCGCUUGUGGAGAAUGCAGCCAGCGAGAACGUGGCUGAGAAUGUCCAGGAGCUCAAGCGCCUCUUGGAGCGUGCCCGCCAGGACCUGGCAGAGCUCCGAGCCUCGAAUCACCGGCUGCAGGCGGAGAUCUCGGCCUACAAAGCAGCGCCCAUAGGCUGUCCAUCUCCAGGAGACGGGCAAAACGGGCAGCAGUUUGCCAAGCGCAUUGUCGUUUGGGAGCUCCUGCCAUCCUUGGUUUGUCCACUCACCCACGGCAUCAUGAGGGACCCUGUGUUGGCUUCGGACGGUUGGAGCUACGAGCGCCGGGCCAUCGAGAAGCACAUCGCCAAAGCUGGCCGUGCGAUGCCGUUGAGUCCAGUGACAGGUCAGCGCCUGUCGACGCGUCUCUUCACGCCAAAUCUGCUGGUGAAGCAGCUCGUGCGUCAGUAUCUUCCGGAUUUAGGGCCUUUAGAGGAGCCGCUGCCAGUGAUCCAGCUGCUCCACGUUUGGCACGUACAGCUGAUCCUCUCCUUCCUGGACUUCCGGUCGCUGGCUCGCUGUGAGGCUGUCUGGCCCUCCUUCCGAGCAAUCGCAGAGGACCAGGUUUGGGCCCAGCUGCUCCAGCGUGACUUCCCGAACUCGGAUUUGGACCCUCACAUGGCCCGAAGCACUUAUCGUGAGGAGGCGUUGAAGGCAGGCAUCCACAAGACGCCGGCCUCAGGGGGUAUGAAGAAGGCAGACGGAGCUUGGCGUGGGCUUCGACUCUUCCAGCCGAAGGGAAAUACCGCUUGA